AUGGCUACAGGGACUUUUAUUUUCACCUUUGAGGGAAAAUCCUUCCCAAAGUAUAUAUCAGUUUACAGGAACAAACUGGAAGUAAAAACUUAUAUAAAACCAGUAAUCCUUUGCUUCAAGUGCUUCAGGUUUAACCACUCCAAAAAUGUAUGCAGAGGCAAGGAAAGGUGUGAGAAGUGUGGAAACAACGAUCACCCAAAAGAACACUGUGCUAUCAAAGAGGACCUAUGCCUUUACUGUGGUGGAGACCACUUGAUCACAGACAGGAAAAAAACAAGUAAUUUGAUAAAAAGAGGUCUGGUCACGGCAGCCCUCAGCAACCCCAACUCACCAAAUUUUGAACUAGCUGAUGAGAAGGGCUCUAACGGAAGCCGCAGUGGUGGCCUGGGGGACUCGGAUAUGGAGACCUUCUAG